GAAGAGAGACUUGUCUUUGUGAUAUUGUGUGUUUUGUGUACCACGUCAGAAUGUCUAAUCUUGCCAUUCAUCGUUUACUGUGCUGUAGUUUUAAUGUUAUCUGUUUGCUGCAGGUAUCAUAAAAAUAACCUGAGCAAAGAAGAAUUGGAAGCAGUCAUUGUGGGCUUACAGAAGAAGGUUAAGAUCCUUCAGCAGCGACACCGCCGGCAGGUAGAAAAGCUGGCAGCCAUGGAGACCAUUGUAAAGCAGCUGAAGAAGGAGAAUCUCAUUUCUGAGGAGAAGCUGAAAAUGCUAGAAAUGGCUUAUCUUCAGGCCCAUGGCAUGGUGACUGAAACUGGAGAUGCUCUGGCAAUCAUCUGCGAGGAUGACAAAACAACUUACCUCUACACUGUGCCACAAUCGGAUGAAGACGAAGAAAAUGUGAUUAACAUGAGUGAUGAACAGUUAAUCAGCCUGAGCCAGGAUCAGUCCAUCUAAAGUGAAGUCAAUUUUAUACGUGAAAUAAUGCAGGCCAUUUUCCCCUAAUCUUUCCACUAAAAGCCAUGUGAUGGCCUCUGCUUUAAAUGGCCUUGUUCUUCCCAUUUAGCAACUGUGGCAUUCAAGAGACAUCGGUAGAUGCUUGAUUCAAAGUGAAAAGUAAAAAAUAAAUUGGGGAAGAAUCAUGUUAAGAAUUGAGCAGGAAACAUUCCAGAAUUUGCUUAGCAGGCCUAUGUUUUUGUGUUUUUAUUCUCUGUACACACUGGUCCCCUGUGAACAGAAUACAUGCUAUGUGUUCAGUCAUUUUAAAAAAUAUACACAGUACAUUGCAAGGUAUUUUAGCUGGGGGCUGCUGUACCUGCCAAAGAUUGUGUGUCGUAGAUUUGCACUGGAUCCUUCUCCACUUUACACUGUGGCAUUCCUUGAGAGCUCUGGGUUUGCCUUCUUGCUGUCACUGAAUGUACAGAUGGUUCAGUAAAUCCUGCAGAGCUGGAAAAUAUUAAAAGAACAUUUGACACUAACA